UUUAGAGAAAGCGGGAAUCGAAAGAGAGAGCGUGGUCGCAACUGUGAAUAGUUCUCGAAGCCGUUGAAAGAACAUGGUGUUUUCAAAUGGUGGGCAGCCAUCCAUUAAGCAAGAAGCUCACAACAAUCAACACUUUUUCUCUCUUAAAAUCAUGCACCACCAUCAAACACCUCAAGCAAAUCCACGCUCAAAUCCUCACAGCCGGUCUCUCUCCGGACACACUUCCUCUUCUCCCCACUCCGCUCGCCUCCUUCUCAUUGUCGAAUCCCCUCGAUAUCGACUACGCUCUCUCCCUCCUCCACCCAUUCGGCCCAACACAAAAGCAAUUCAUAUACAAUACCCUCAUAAGAGCCUCCUCUAAAGGGCCAUUUCCCCAACAAGCUUUCUCUCUCUACACCCACAUGCUGAAAGCAGGAGUUUCACCAGACCAUCUCACUUUCCCUUUCGUCGUGAAAUCUUGUGGUCGCAUUUGUUCUCUUAAAACGGGUGAAGCCAUUCAUGGAAGUGUUGUGAAAUUUGGUCUUGAGAUUGAUUCGUUCAUAACCAGCUCCAUGAUCACAAUGUAUGCGAAUUGUGGCAGUCUUGACCGUGCCCGAAAAUUUUUCGAUGAAAUGCUCAAGCCAAACUUGGUCUCUAGCAAUGCUAUAAUGGCUGCCUAUGUGAAAUCGGGGGAGUUAGCGAAGGCUCGACGAGUGUUUGAUGAAAUGCAUGAGAGGGAUUUGGUAUCAUGGGGUACAUUGAUUUCGGGCCAUGUUCAUUGUGGUGAAUCAAAGGAGGCCCUCGAAGCCUUCCGAGCCAUGAGAGAUGAUGGUUUUAGGGCUGAUGAAGUCACCCUUGCAAGCUUGCUCUCUUCAUGCUCAGAACUCGGUGCUUUAGCUCAAGGCAAGCAAUUCCAUGCUUAUGUGUAUAAACACCAUAUACACCUUGACACCAUUCUCGGAACAUCAUUAGUGGACAUGUACUCCAAGUGUGGGGGGGUUGAAAUAGCUUUUCGGCUGUUUUGCACGAUUCCGAGCAAAGAUACAUUGGCCUGGAAUGCAAUGAUCAUGGGUCUUGCAGUGAAUGGCCAUGGAGAAACAUCAAUUGGGGUGUUUUUAGAGAUGGAGAGAGAAAGAAAGAGACCCGACGAGGUCACGUUUGUCGGUGUACUAUGUGCAUGUAGCCAUGCGGGGCUAUUAGAUGAGGGCUUCAAGCAGUUCGAUCGCAUGUCUUCCGUGUACUCGAUCAAGCGUGGAGUAGAACACUAUGGUUGCAUGGUUGAUCUAUUGGGGCGAGCCGGUCGGCUCAAAGAGGCCUACAAGCUUAUAGAAAGCAUGCCUAUUGAGCCCACUCCUGCAAUAUGGGGCGCUUUAUUAAAUGGGUGUUGUAUACAUGGGAACCUUGAGCUAGGGGAACAGGUAGGCAAGACAUUGAUCAAGCUCGAGCCCCAUCAUAGCGGUCGAUAUGUACUCUUAUCGAACAUAUAUGCAAAUGCAAAUCAGUGGGACGAUGCAAAGAGGGUGAGAGAGAUGAUGAGAGAGAAAGGGCUUCAGAAGGCCCCAGGGUGCAGUGUGAUAGAGGUGAAGGGCCAUGUUCAUGCGUUUGUGACUGGAGAGAAGGAGCACCCACAAAUGAGACAGAUCCAUGCAAUAUUGGAGGAGGUGGGUAAGAGGCUUGCUCUUGCUGGUUAUGCACCUGAUGCCUCAAGGGUGUUGUUUGACUUAGAGGAGGAGGAGAGAGAGAAUUCAUUGCUAUAUCACAGUGAGAAGUUAGCAAUGGCUUUUGGGAUGAUCAGUCUUGAGCCUGGUGUGCCUAUACGUGUUGUUAAGAACCUUAGAGUGUGUGGGGAUUGCCAUUCAGCAACAAAAAUGAUGUCAAAGUUAUUUGGCAGGAAAAUUAUUGUAAGGGAUCGAAGUCGAUUCCACCAUUUUGAAGAUGGUUCUUGCUCUUGCAAGGACUAUUGGUAAGUAAUAAAUAUCAUCAUCAUCAUAGUUUUUUUUCAAUUAAUUGGGGUCGGCUACAUGAAUUUUGGUUCGUUAUUCUGCUCUGU